AUGUUGUUCGAUAGUUUAAAACAAAUUUUCAAUAAAACAUUCAUACUUAGUAUUAUUCUUCAUACAUUACAUGGAUUUAUAUAUGAAAAAAGUAAACUUUAUUAUCCAUAUACAUUUGAUCGAAAUAUUUUACUUAUAAAAACUGAUUUAUAUAAAUUUUAUCUUGCAACAAGUUUUAUUUUUUUAAGUGUACCUUAUCUUUUAAGUAAAUUAUCACCAAAUAAAUAUUUAUUAGCACAUGCAUCUGUGGAAAAUCGUUAUAAAAGUCGUAAUACACUGGAUAUACAAAUAGGUAGUUUUUUAUUAGGUUUAUCAAUGGUAUUAACUGGUUUUUGUCCAUCAUAUUUACCAAUAUAUUUAGCUAUAGAUCCUAUUGUAUUUGUUUAUUGUAUUGCAGUUAGUUACAUAGCUUAUGGUUUUUAUUCUGUUUUGGGGAGAUUUUUAUCUAGUCGAACGACUGGUUCACGAAUUAAUAAUGAUCCAAAUAAUCCUCCUUCAAUGUCAACUGACAAACAAAGUUUAAAUAAUAUAGCACGAUUUAUAACGAUUUCAGUUAGUAUAUUAUUAUUACUUAUAUUUGAAACAAGUGAACAAUCAGUAUCACCAGGACAUUCAUCAGAAGAAUUAUUUGAUUUAUUAUAUCAUGGAGAUUAUUUACCACCAGGUUUAGCUGGUUUAUUAUGUGGCUGUAUAAAUUUCUUUUUAAUUUUUUUUUGUAAUGAAUAUCAAACAUUAACUAGUGAAUGGUUAAUAGAUAUUUUUUAUUAUGCAUCUGAUGUUAAAGUAGAUAAAAAAAAUGUUAUAGCAGGUCAAUUAUGUAUUGAACAAGUAUUAAAAAUACUUUCAAUGGCUCUUGGUGUUCGUUUAUCAUUAUGGACGAGUAAACGACAAGAAAUACCAAAUAUUGAUUGGCUUUGUUAUGCAUUAAUUGGUUUUGGAUCAUUUCUUGGUGCAUUUGCUGUUUGUUUUACAACAGCAACAUUUACUGAUCAUAUUUAUUUAAAGUGUGCAUUUAUUGGAAAUAUACCACAUGAAGUAAUAUCAUUGACAAUGAAUGUUGCUUGGGUUUCAUUAUUUGUUAGUAAAUUAUUAGGAAUAACAAAUCUUAAAUAA